CACACAUAUCCCAGUCCACACAAAGAAAUAUGAGAAAUAGAAUCAGACUUCCAUUCAGUUUAGCAAAAAAAUCAGGGUUCUAAUGGAGUUUCAGUGAGACCGUUGAUGGAGAUUUUCACUACAUAUUAACAAUUUCCAUAAAGUUUUGAUUUUUUUCGGCUCCAUCAAUGGCUGAUGUUCUUAGUUUAUCUCUUCACUCACUAAAUUCUUCUUCUUCAUCAUCUCCUUUUGUUUCUUCCUUAGUUAGAUUUUCCACUUCACUACAACCUGUUCUAAGGAGAGUUUCUGAUAAAAUUGUUUGUUCUUCAAUUGGAAGUUCUUCAGCUGGUUUUCCUCUUGUACUUCAACAACAGAAAUUGGUUUCUUGGAAGGUACAUGCAGGUAUUGCGGAAGCUGAAGGUCCAAAAUGGUGGGAAAGAAAUACGAGUCCGAAUAUGAUUGACAUUCAUUCUACAGAAGAGUUUUUGAAUGCAUUAAGUCAAGCCGGAGAAAAACUAGUUAUUGCUGAAUUUUAUGGCACUUGGUGUGGUUCUUGCCGGGCUUUAUUUCCCAAGUUUUGUAGAAUUGCUCAAGAACAUAAAGACAUUGUAUUCCUUAAAGUGGACUUUGAUAAAAACAAACCAAUGUGUAAAAGUUUGAAUGUAAAGGUUCUACCCUUUUUCCACUUCUAUCGUGGUGCAGAUGGACUACUGGAAUCCUUUUCAUGUUCACUUGCAAAGUUUCAGAAAUUAAAGGAUGCUAUUGCAAAACAUAACACCGCUCGUUGUAGUAUUGGUCCACCUGUAGGUGUUGGAGAAAUUACCUUUCCUGAAUCUUCUCCCCCUGCUCCAAAGGAUGAAGCAGCAGAAGCUAGUUCAAGAUAGCCCACCUGUCCUUCCCUUGCCAUUUUAUCUUCCCUUGUCCAGACGCGUGGAUCUUCAUUCAUUUCAUGUUAGCUUAUCUAAACCUAAUAUGUAUAUUUUAGUUUUAUUUAUAGUAGAAGUUGAUAGGAAUUCAGAAUCAAUUGUUCUGCAACAUUCUUGUCAUUGUUUUUCCAUCUGUAAUUUUUUGUAUCUCAAACUGGUUUUAUUGAAAUGGAAAUGUCCUUCCUGUUUGUGA